GGAACAGAACACGCGAACUGUUCCUCGCUUCCACUUCACUCAAACGGCUCUAAAAUUCCCUCCUAUAAACCCCAAGCAGAGAAGCACCAACCCUUCCCCUCCAUCCCAUGGCGAGGCCCCCACCCUGUCUCGGCCCUCGCCUGCGCCCCGCCUCCGCGGAAUCAGCGCUCGCCGCGUCCCGCAACUCCGCCUGACACGCGCCCGUGCCCUAGAUCGGGAGAUCUCCUCCCGCCUCAUGGUGGAGACAUCAGGCGGGAGGUGGAGCCGGCUCCACCUCCUCCACGGCCAGCGGCGGGGCGUGGCCGCCUUCCUCGCGGCCAACAAGACCCUGCUCGCCGCCGUCUGGGUCGCUGGCUUCACGCUCGUGUUCCUGUGGCAGAGCACCUCGGUGUUGGUCCGAGGCGGCGCUGGCCUCGGUCUCCGCUCGGCGUCGUGGCGCCCGCCGCCGCGGCUGCGCCCGGGGGCGUACAACCUGACGGACUUUGGCGGCGUUGGGGACGGGCGGACGCUGAACACCCAGGCGUUCGAGCGCGCCGUGGAGGCCAUCGCGGCGCUCGCGGACCGUGGCGGAGGGCAGCUCAAUGUGCCUCCCGGCCGGUGGCUCACGGCGCCCUUCAACCUCACCAGCCACAUGACGCUGUUCCUUGCCGAGGGCGCAGAAAUCCUUGGCAUUACGGAUGAGAAGUAUUGGACACUGAUGCCAGCACUACCAUCUUAUGGAUAUGGAAGGGAGCGCAAAGGACCUCGCUAUGGGAGUCUAAUUCAUGGACAGAAUUUGAAAGAUGUAGUAAUUACAGGAUACAAUGGUAGCAUAAAUGGCCAGGGUGAAGUUUGGUGGUUGAAGCAUCGCAGAAGAAUGCUGAAGAAUACAAGACCUCCACUUGUGCAACUGAUGUGGUCCAGUGACAUUAUUGUUACGAACAUAACAUUGCGGAAUUCACCUUUCUGGCACUUCCACCCAUAUGAUUGCACGAAUGUAACUGUUUCUAAUGUCACAAUCUUAGCUCCUGUUUCUGGUGCUCCAAACACAGAUGGCAUAGAUCCAGAUUCUUGUCAGGAUGUCCUAAUUGAGAAUUGCUACAUAUCUGUUGGCGAUGAUGCAAUAGCUGUAAAGAGUGGAUGGGAUCAGUAUGGGAUUGCAUAUGGACGUCCAUCUUCUAACAUUUUAAUACGCAAUGUGGCAGUCCGUUCUUUAGUGAGUGCUGGAAUCUCAAUCGGCAGUGAGAUGUCUGGGGGAGUUGCAAAUGUUACGGUGGAGAAUGUACGCAUCUGGGAUUCAAGGCGAGGUGUGAGAAUAAAAACUGCCACAGGACGAGGGGGCUACAUCCGCAACAUCUCGUACCGCAACAUAACCUUUGACAAUGUCCGUGCUGGAAUUGUGAUAAAGGUUGACUACAACGAGCACGCUGAUGAUGGGUAUGACAGGAAUGCCUUCCCAGACAUCACGGGCAUAUCAUUCAAAGAAAUACAUGGGUGGGGUGUGCGUGUUCCUGUCCGCGCUCAUGGCAGCAAUAUUAUUCCCAUCAAGGAUGUCACCUUUCAGGACAUGUCAGUAGGCAUCAGCUACAAGAAGAAGCAUAUUUUCCAAUGCUCCUAUAUCGAGGGGCGUGUAAUAGGAUCAGUGUUUCCGAAACCAUGUGAGAAUUUGGACGUCUACGAUGAGCAAUGGCAGCUUGUGAAGCGUGCGGCAAUUCUGAACAGCACUGAAGUUGAUUAUGAUAUAUGAGAUACGUACAAUAUAUCACAGCACUAAUAGGUUUUGAGUACUGUAAACUAGGCAUUCAUGUUUUGCUCUUUUUAAUCUCUGAAUUUAUGAUCUAGAACUGUAAAUACAGAGGAGAUUCUCCUUUUCGUAGGUUUUUCAUACAUUGGCUUAUUUGUAUCUCACUCACCAACGAUGUGGACAUCAUGUCAGCAUUUUGUGCUUCACUAAGUUUCAGGUCUCUGUUGUGCUAAACUUAGACUUCUCAGAUAAAUUCCAGUUCACCCUCACAGCAUCAACUGCAAACUCUUGAAGGGUUUUCCAAGCCUUUAAAUUUCUUUACUAAUGUCACUGUAUAUUCAUCUUGCGAUGCCAAUGCAGUGCAUGAUUUUUCUAUAGCAGAUAUUUUGAGCACUCCUCCUGUUUCACUUUCAUCUUCCUCAUACUCGGAGGAGAAUGAUGAAUGAGUCGGAGCUGCAAGGUAACUUGAAAAAGGAUAUGAUGAAUGUCAGGUAAAGUGAGAGACGUGACGAAUAAGAGCCCGUCAAUCUUAAAGCAGAACUGGACAGAGGUUGAUCCAAGGAGGCAAUUCCACUCGCCCUCUCACCCAGGUGAUUCACUCAUUAUGCCAUCUGUUUCUAACCAUUCAAUUGUGAAACCCGUGAUCAAGAAGAGGUCAGAGCUUUGAUCCAUGGAAGUAAUCUCUGUCACUCUCUCACCCAGGUGAUCCACUCAUUAUAUCAUCUGUUUCUAACCAUUCUGUUGUUUACAAUUUGUUUGACUUCUCGGCAAAAGAAAACAAAACUGAUCUCCACUAGUAGACAUCUUUAUUGGUUUCACAAAAGAGGAAGCGUCCAGAGCGAGAUAUCAGGGAUUGACUCAUUCUAUCAUCUGUUUCUAACCAUUCCGUUGUUCCCAAUUUGUUCUGAUUUCUUGAAGAAAAAACUGAUCUCCGCAUGUACACGUCUUUAUCAAUUUCACAAAAGAGAACAUCAUUCAUGCGAGAUAUCAUGGGUUUCUGUGGUUCUGAGAGAUUGUAGGCAUUCUGUAGGCAGUAACUUUCAGUCAGCCAUUCAGAUAGGUGGGGAUUGCUGAUCUUUUCCCAAGAACAGAUAAGAUCCUCCAUGGCUAUCGCUGUUGUUGGAUGCCACACAUCAACAACCACAUCACGUUUACAAGCAUGUGCUCUUAUUUCCUGUUUUGUUGUCAACUUGUCAUGAUGAUCAUUGCACUGUUACUGUUUACUGUGCAGCCUAUUGGCUUGUCUCUGAAUCAAUUGCUACUGGAUGCUUGGAAAUUGAAAGUAAUUACCAUAUCUGGAGAAGUCCCCCCACCCAGAGGUCCCAGAGGAAGAGGCCUUUAGACGCACGCCACUCACGUGGUUAAUAGACGGCAGUGUCACACAAGUGCAAAGGAAAGCGCACCCGUCCGGUCGACAGCCAAAGGACAAAAAUACAGUACAAGAAGAUUCAACUCUUUUUCUGAGAGAGAGUAGAGAAAGAGAAACGUCAACUUGCGGUACGCGUGCAUGUGUCCUUUGCUACAAGAUCCAUUAAACGUCAACUGGCAAGUGCUCAUACUCUGUUCUUUAAUGGAAAUUUACAAGUUUAAGUUUA